UGAGGCAGAGAGCUCGUAGGGAGGACGACGCUACUAUUCUGAAUUUUGUGUGAUACGUUUUCUGGCGCCCAGAGCUGCUGAUACAGAGUGGAAGAGAAAUCCAGUUGCUAUAAAACUCGGGCUGGUUCCCAGAUUUGCCCUCUACAAGAUCAUAAUCAUAAUCUACCAUCCUCGGAAAAUACCGUUUUCAAAUAUUUGGCCUUUUGCUGCUUUCAUGUGCUGGUCGGAACACGGAACCUAGGACAUUUCCGACUUGCUAACUGGUUGUAGUUCUACACGUACCGCCUACAACGAAUCAGCAUGUCGGACAUUUCCGAGUUUCUUAGUUCCGACUAGCAUGUGAACUUGGCAUCUAUUGGUUGACCCUUCGUGAUAUUGUUUGUUUUGCGUUUGAAGUGCUUAUAGAUUAUGAGAGGCGCUAUAUAAGUGUAAUAGAUUUUUCCGAGUUCCCAGUUUUUUUUAACGCGGCAUCAAUCUCAUGUUUAACCUAGGUUUAGGGACGUCAUUGUUCUAUCCCUUCUCGUCAUAACGUUCAACGUCACGAAAUUAGCAUUAGCAACAAGGCGAUCAGAUUUGAUAGAAUUGCAUAGUUUUGCUGCCAUACAAAGGGCAGGCAUAGGCUAGCUUGAACUGUCAUCCAAAUUUAGAGUUUGGAGGAAUCUUAAACAGUGACAAUGAAAUUCCUGUAUAAAGAGGAGCACCCAUUUGAGAAGAGAAGAUCGGAGGGGGAAAAGAUCAGGAAGAAGUACCCAGAUAGAGUGCCAGUGAUAGUGGAGAAAGCCCCCAAAGCCAGAAUUGGUGAUUUGGACAAGAAAAAAUAUCUUGUACCCUCUGAUCUUACAGUGGGACAGUUCUACUUCCUAAUACGGAAGAGGAUUCACCUGCGGGCAGAGGACGCCCUUUUCUUCUUUGUCAACAAUGUCAUUCCUCCCACCUCAGCCACCAUGGGACUACUUUACCAGGAACACCACGAAGAGGACUUCUUUCUUUACAUUGCCUACAGUGACGAGAGUGUCUACGGAAACAGCCAAACGAAAGUCUAGCUAACCACCUUUCAGCACAUCUGCAGUCUGACUCUGCAUCGUCACAAAGAUAAAUAAAAGCAAUUUAGUUGCCACCA